CAAAUAUAAGCCGCACUCGGAGCUUCCUCACAGAUGCGAGGAGGUGAAGACGCUCAGCUUCAGAAUGGCCGUGCUUACGUUUGUGUUGCUUCUCUCCAUCGGUCUCCAAGGAUGUGCUCUGACCUCGACUUAUGAGAUUGAGGGUUUGCAAAGUGCUCCAGAUGAUAUCAACAAUGGGGAUGUCUGCAAGGACUGCACCCAAAUAUUUGAACUCCUAGUUGACAUACUCUCCAACGCAGACCUCCAGAAAAAGAUCAUGAAUGAGAUUGAAUCUCUGUGCGACCAUCUUCCCGCACCAGCCGCUGCCAAAAUCUGCAAAGAAGAGGUGGAGAAGGUGCUCCCGGUGGCCAUCAACUUCGUGACUGUUGUUGUAAAACCAGCAGAAGUCUGCAAAAUGAUUGGGCUCUGUAGCUCCUGUGACAGUCGUGAGAAGAUGCUCAGGUAUUUUGUCCAGGAGGUGCUACAGGCCGCUGCGACCAGUGACAAUGGGAAGCCCGCAACAACAUGCGCCUUCUGCAUUUUUCUUGUCAAGACUUUGGAGGAUUUGCUGCCAAAGGAAAGGACCGAGGGCGCUGUGAUCAAACUGCUGGAGGAGAUCUGCCACAUUUUGCCCUCCACCUACCGCAACCAGUGCGAGGCCGUCGUCGACAAGUUCAGCAAGACGGUGCUGGAUGCAAUCCUGAGCUACGCCACCCCUCAGACCAUCUGUGCCCUCAUCCACCUGUGUAAAGGCCAGGAGGCGCCUCUUGUGGAUCCGUGCACUUUGGCGUCGUACAGGUGCAGAGACACCCACACUGCCCUCAGAUGUGGAACUUUGUUCUACUGCCAGAAGUAUGCCUGGAAGCCGCUGAGCUACAACACACUCUAAGAUCCAACAGGGUGGGAUCGAAAAUAUGAGUCGACGAUGUUUUGCUGCAAAUGUUUUCCAACUUCUCGGCAUUCUGAUAGUAUUCCUUUUAUUUCCUGAUUUGAUAUUUUACAGCAUUUUGUGAUUUUUUUGCGUUUUGAUUGACCGCCUGCUUUUAGAGAGGAAAUCCACAGUUUAAUAAAAACACAUGGAUUAUCUGAACUUCAGCUGAAAAGAUAUAAAGGCUUUACUGGAUCAAAAAGGUUAACGGCUUAACAGUUGUUUUGUAUAAGAUUUGUUUUUCUAGAUUUCUUUUUUUGUACUAACCAAACAGUUUUUUAUAUAUCAUGACUUUAUCAGCUUCAGAUGAUGUGUUCUUGUAACGUUAUCACAAUCAAAUAAAGUAUGUGAUACGGCUGUUACAUGAC